UCGGGAUUGGCCAGAGCGGCCGCCUUUCACGGCCGCCUGCAGCGCGUGCGCAGUGAGCCAGGCCGCGGGCAAUGCUGCUGAGAAGGGUAGCUGGGGGAGGCCGCGCGGUGGCUGCCGCUACCCUCGGCGGGGGGCCACUGUCCAGCUGGGACUGGUGCCAAAAGCUUCCUGGAGGCAGCAGCCUUCUUCGCAGGAUCCAAGUCCUUGGAGCCCACAGAGAGUUUGGGAAGAACCAUGUGGAAGUGGGGUCCCAAGCAGGUGCAGCGGGCACCGGGCAGCCCAAGUCCUCCCUGCCGGGUGGGGGCCCCUCAGGACCUCUGUACCCGCCACCACCUGAGCUCCAGCCACCCACCAACUGCUGCAUGAGCGGCUGCCCCAACUGCGUGUGGGUAGAGUAUGCAGACGCGCUGCUGCAGCACUACCAGGACGGCGGGGAGCGGGCCCUGGCCGCCCUGGAGGAGCACGUAACUGAUGAGAACCUCAAGGCCUUCCUCCGGAUGGAGAUCCAGCUCCGCAUUAGGAGUGGAGGCUGAGCCACCUGGCCAGACACCAUUACCCCGACACUCUCCUCCUCGGGAUCCUGCACAGCCGCCUUUAUCCAUGGCCCCUUCAUGCGGCUGGUGCCGGCAGGAGUAGGAAGAGUUGUUUAUUGACUUUGCCUGAGAAUAAAUACAUUCUCUGUGGUGGUUAGAUAGCAGGCUUUUGUGUCAUCAUCUGUAGGCUUAUGUCAUAAGUCAUCAUAGGUCCACAGGGCACCUAGAGCCUUCACCAACCCGUGAAGGUGAAAGUAAACCCGUUUCCUUGACUAUUUAAGUGGCAGUGAGCCCAGGCGCCCCCUUCCAUAUCCCAGCGUCCCAGAAGUUUGACCCACAGGUCAGCUCUGGUUAAUCUCAGUGGUACGGCAGAAGGAGGACCAUCUGGCCCCUGAGGUGGCCAUUAGCAAAGCUCUGGUAGGCACAAAUACCCACAGAUGACCUGGGAAGCAUCCCAUCCAUCCAACUGCAGACUUCCAGGCUCUGAUACCAGUGGCCUGGAUGGACAGGGUUAAACGAAUUUCUGCCUGUUUUAUCUCCUCAUUUAAGAGAAAAGCUAGGGUUGUGAUCCAACUUCACUAAGGAGUUGAGCUGAUAAAACAGGCCUUCCCAGGUAGAGGCCUUCAAUGUAAAGCCAGCAUUUCCCAUGAAGGCAGAUCUGUGGACCAAAGAAUGAAACCACACAGCCACAAGACAUGCUGCCGUACUAAUGCCUGAGGAUACACCCAGUAGUGCCAGCUAUCUUGGCCAGCUAAUCAUGUCAUCCAGAAUCAGUUCUGGUUUUUUCAGAGAAACAUGAGAGUAGCAAUACAUGUUUGUUACACUUUAUGUCAGAGAGCAUCUACUUCAGUCAUGUCCUACAGAUUUGAAAAUGGCCCAGGAAGCGAUUUCCCUGGAGACAAAAGCACAGCAGACCUUAGUGGGCCUGAGGCCCCUGAAGGGGUCUACAACAUGGAGGUAGUUAAUCUCAGAGAUGUAGGAAGAAGUUUACUUUUUUUUCCUCAAUAAAACAUAUUUGUG